CCUGUGCCCGGCGGCGGGACCCAGCCGCCAUGGCGCUGAGGAGCUGGACGCGCCUGGGCCCGGCGCUGCGCCGCCGCAGCUCGGGGCCGCGGGACACCGGGGACACCCCGCAGCACCGCCACUUGCGGGAGGCCCUCCGGAAGAUCAUUGACAAGGAGAUUAAUCCCUUUGUGGACAAGUGGGAAGAAGAAGGACAGUUCCCAGCACAUAAAGUGUUUAAAAUCCUGGGAGAGGCUGGAUUCCUUGGUGUGGAUAAGCCAACAGAAUAUGGCGGAAUGGGUUUGGACUUCUCCUACAAUAUUGCAGUGGCAGAAGAGCUGGGAAAUAUCCAUUGUGGAGGAAUUCCCAUGGCUAUUGGAGUGCAAGCUAGCAUGGCUACCCCUGCUCUUACAAGGUUUGGUUCUCAUGAGUUGAAAAAACAGUUCCUUGUACCAACUAUAGCUGGUGAUUUUGUGGCUUGCUUGGGUAUCAGUGAAGCUGGUGCUGGGUCAGAUGUUGCAAAUAUCAAGACAACAGCUGUGAGGAAGGGCGAUGAAUAUGUCAUAAAUGGUGGUAAGAUGUGGAUUACAUCUGGAAGCCAGGCAGACUGGAUGUGCCUCCUGGCAAACACCAGCGAAGGACCUCCCCAUCGAAAUAAAUCUCUCAUAUGUCUGCCAAUGAAUCUACCUGGUAUUCAUGUUGCUAAAAAGAUAGACAAGCUGGGUAUGAGGUCAUCAGACACCGCUCAGAUCUUUUUUGAAGAUGUAAGGGUCCCCUGCAAAAACCUGAUCGGUGAGGAAGGAAAGGGUUUCACAUACCAGAUGUUGCAAUUCCAAGAAGAGCGGCUGUGGGGAGUAGCCAUCGCCCUGACACCAAUGGAUACUAUUAUACAAGAAACCAUUGAGUACACCCGGCAGCGGAAGGUGUUUGGCCAGCCUGUCCUGCACAACCAAGCCGUGCACUUCCGCCUGGCUGAGCUGGCAACCGAAGUGGAGCUCCUGCGCUCGCUGCUGCACCGUGCCGUGGCUCUCUAUGUAGAAGGCAACGAUGUGACAAAGUUUGCUUCCAUGGCUAAGCUAAAGUCAGGUCGUCUGACCCGUGAAGUCACUGAUAGCUGUCUCCAGUUUUGGGGAGGAAUGGCAUUCACCAGUGAAGUUCUUGUGAGCAGGUUUUACAGGGACUUGAGAUUGAUGUCAAUAGGAGGAGGCACAGACGAAACCAUGCUUUCCAUCAUAUGCAAAUACAUGGAUAUACUUCCAAGAAAGUGACGCAUCUCCACUCUUCCUUGAAAAUUAAGAAAGCAAGAGCAUGACUUGUGCUGCACACUGAAGAUGAUGAGCUUUGAGUGGAAAACAGAUCAGUAAUUUUGCCAUCAAAAUGCAAAUCAAGGUCUUUCACCAUUACCACUCUAUUUUCUUGUGUCAAAUUUUUGUUGAUGUGAAGCACUCAAAGUUUGUAGCCUCCUGCAUUCUGUUUUUUCAGUGGGUUAAGUUUUCCAAUGACCCAUGCUAAGCACACAGAAAAAAAUGUGUUCUUUAAUCAAGCUUUAUCUACACUUUAGAGCAUCUAAGCUGACAAUUACGAAACAGAACUUCCAUAUGAACGGAAGCUAUGUAGCUUGAUCUCAUUUCAGUAUGGCUUUGCUUUCAAAGUGAGCAAUUAUGGCACAAACGAAUCCCUGCCAUAAUCAAACUCCACAACAGUGCCUUUCCUCUCAAUUACAGGUACCUUCCCUAUCUUUCACUUUUAGCAAGCAAUCAUCAAAAUGUGCUCUGUCAUCUUUGUCAAAUCCCUACCAAUUUGUACUCCACUCUGUCAUGGACUUUUGGUGAUGGGAGUAGUGUUAAAUUUUUAUUUGCAGACUUCCACAAACAAUUGUUUAAGUGUUGUGGAGGCCUGAAUUCAGCAGCAAUGUACCAUGUUUUGUGUGUAAUUAUUAAGAAAAAUAUUAAAAAUAAACACAUUAAUAUGAAAACUGUGCAUAAUUACUUAAAGUCUUCCUAAAACAGCCAUUUAAACUGGAAGAUGCAGCCUGUAUUAUUGAUUAAAAAAAUAAAAAUUGCCCCUUAAAUACA